AGAGCAUAGCGAGCUCAAAGGAAUCGAAACCCCUCAGCCAAACGUCGUAGCAAGCCGACGUCCAGCACAAAACUACGCUUACGGUAUGUUUGAACAUCUCAUCAUUCCAAUUUGCGCAGUUUUCAUUGGCGGAUCGGGUGGAUUGACUAUGUAGAAGGUGGAUGGAUGUAUUGGUGGAAUAUACGGGCUAUAUAGGAAAUCAUCUCAAACGACGAACAUUAUACUGAUCUCUACUACUGUGUCCAGGCCCAUCAUGUCGUCAAAACUUCCUUCCGUCCUGAGCGCAACUGACGAGGAAAUUCAACUCCUCCUGGCAGCGCAAUGUCACAUCGGCACAAAAAACUGCGAUAAGCAGAUGGAGCCUUAUGUUUGGAAGCGCCGCGUUGACGGCAUUCACAUUCUCAACAUUGGCAAGACUUGGGAGAAGCUUGUCUUUGCCGCACGAGUGAUCGCCGCUGUCGAGAACCCCAACGACGUCUGUGUCAUCUCUGCUCGCCCCUACGGACACCGUGCAGUGCUCAAAUUUGCUGCCAACACUGGCGCACAAGCCAUUGCCGGCCGUUUCACCCCUGGUUCCUUCACGAACUACAUCACCCGCUCUUUCAAAGAGCCCCGUCUCAUUAUCGUCACCGAUCCUCGCGUUGACCACCAGGCGAUUCGCGAGGCAUCGUAUGUUAACAUCCCCGUCAUUGCUCUUUGCGACACGGAUGCACCUCUCAAGUUCGUUGACGUUGCCAUCCCCACGAACAACAAGACUCGUCAUUCGAUUGGUUUGAUUUGGUGGUUGCUCGCACGGGAGGUGUUGAGGCUCCGUGGGACGAUCCCUCGCACUCCUGAUGGGUGGAAUGUGAUGGUUGACAUGUUCUUCUACCGCGACCCUGAAGAAGUGGAGAGGCAACAACAGGAGGAAGCACAGGCUAAGCUUGCCGCUGCCGAGCCAGAGGCCCAGGGCGGCCUGUCAGAGUGGGAUGCUCCAUCCGCUCCUCAGCCAGGCUCGAUCAACCCUGCUCUUGUCGCCCAAGACGGUGGUGCUCUCGACUGGGCAGCAGAUGCUGCACCUACCACCGAUUGGUCAGCGGAGCCUGCUUCAGGUGGAUGGGGAGCAGAACCCACCACUACUAGCGGGUGGGAUUAGGCGUCGUACGCGAUAUAAUUCUCGAUGUGCAUGUUUUGCUUCCUCUCCAUUUACAUUGUCUGCGACUUUUGACAUGCAAAAUAUGACAUCAUGGUCUCUCUCCCUUAUGUGCUCGGGUGGUGUAUAUGUUCACCAUAUUCUCAGCGUGAAUUUCACCUCAAUGCUCAUAGUGUUAUGGUAUCGAUGAGCUUCC